AUGUCUUCAGGAAGAAGUGCUUUUAGGCUUUCAAAACCUUUGAUCGGAGAAGAUGGGAAAAUUUAUGCUUGUUCAGAGAAGACUUUGUUUGCAUUUGAAAGUAAUGGUUCCAUUGCUUGGUCCUUGGAUUUAGAUUUUAAAUGCAACAUUGGUAUGGCUCCAGUUCAUGGUGGAAAAGGAAAGAUAUAUUUGGUUGCAGAAGACAGAGUGUUUAAAGUUGAUUUUAUGAAAAUGGGACCUUCUGAAUCUGCCACACAAGUUUUCUUUGGUGGAGGACCAGGUAAAGAGGGAGCAGGUGAAAUUAUUGGGCUUGCAGUGAGCACAUUGAGUUCAGCCGUUUUUAUUAAUGUUAAAAAUAGGGGACUCUUUGCAUUCAUGACUCAUGGAGAAGUACUUUGGAGUGCUGGACCCGUGCAAUACCAGUCUGACUACCAUCAAGGUUGUAGGAAAACUGUUACAGAUUGUUAUUUUACUUCAUAUCCCGUGAUUGAUCAAUGUGAGGCUAAUGUAUAUAUAUCAAACACUCAAGGUGAACUUUAUUCGUUCUCAGUUCGUAGUCCUCGUUUCAAUUGGAUCCAGGAUUUUAGUUCCUUCGACAAAGUGUUAACCAUCACCUCAGGAAACAAUGGUCGUUUGUAUGUUACUGUAUCAGUUAAGGCUUUAGUGUUUGCACUUGAUGCAUCUUCAGGAAAUGUUUUGUGGCAGAGAAGUAUUGGGCCCUUAAGUACUGUAGAUUAUGCACCAGUAGUUGACUCUAAUGGGUGGAUAUCUGUUGGUUCAUUGGAUGGCUUCCUGUACUCGUUUUCUCCAACCGGCAGUCUUCACAAAUUUUCAAAAUCAGAUACAAUGGAUUCAGUGAUCCAAGUUAGCCCACUUCUUGAUUGUUCCGGAUAUGCAGUAUAUAUAUCCCAGACAAAGAUGAGCGGAAAAUUUAUCCACACUAUUGAUGAAUAUACAUAUGUCUCCACAAUGAAACCUGAAAGUGUAGUCUUCUCCUUGAUGGUUCCAGCAACUGGGUCCAUUCAUUGGUCUGAAACCUAUCCCGGUGAAUUCUCAUCCUUAUUAUCCAAGAGUGACCUGCAACAUUUUGAUCUGGAUGAGAGUCUUGUUCUUGCUUUUGUCACUGCUGCAAAGACAGGCAACACAUUACAAUGCCGUACUACACGACAGAAGAUUGCAGCUAGUUGUUCCCAAACAAAGCCUAAGCGGCCUGGUAUCUACACAGGUAACGAAAGGGCAAUACUGCUGUUCCUGUUUUUCGAGUCAGUGGUCUUGUUAGUGUUAGCUGUACUUGUGAGAUUCUGUUGCACAUUUUGGAGGAAAAAGAAGCUGCAAGGACAAAACUUGGGAACGUUUCUGGAAAAGCGACGUUCACUCCAACUCAAGAAGAAAGCGUUCGAUAGAACAAUCACAGAACUUGAGCAGAAGGCUGCAGAGGAAGCAGUAUCGGGUGAAGUGAUUGAAAAGCUCAGUAGUUUGGUGCAAGAAAGGAAAGGCGUCGAGAGAAAGCUCUCGACAACUUACAGUUUAGGCAGGGACACUGCAGGCUCAGGUUCAAAGUCUCUCCUUCCAGUAUAUGAUGCUAAAACCAGGAGCUAUUCAUUUCAAGGGCCGAAGAAAGAGAGUGUCACUAUCUUUCACACUCUAAGUACUGAUACAUCUUCUGGCAGUACUGAAACAGAAAACAGUUGGGAUUCCGAAGAAGAUAAAGAUGGGUCGGCAGCCAAUACAAAGGCGAAAGCAAAAGCAAAAGCCCCUAUUGAAGCAGACAGUUCAAGUGAUGAUGGGGUCAUGAUGCAUUGCAGGAGAAGUCCAUCAGAGCCGGCUUCAAGUUCCAGGGGAUUCAUUAGUCCAUUAUUUGUGGAGCAAGAGGGAGAGGUGGUGGAGUCCAUGUCCAUGUCGUCAAGUGUGUUAAAGAGGAGAAGAACAUUGUCUUCAACCAAGUAAAAACUACACAAAAUAAUUUGAUCACAUUAUGUAAUGUUAAUCAUUUUCAAAAAAAUCAAGGGAUUUUUCCCAUGUUCAAACCCAAGUUGAAAAUGGGAGCAUU